GGAGGGUGAACAGUGGCUCAAGAUGAGACGUGUAUUGAGACAAAGAAUUCUGAAACCAAGAGAUGUGGCCAUUUUUUCAGGAGAAAUCAACCAAGUUAUUGCUGAUUUAAUUAAAAGAAUCUACAUCCUCAAGAGCCAGGCAGAAGAUGGAGAAACUGUGACCAAUGUCAAUGACCUUUUCUUCAAAUAUUCCAUGGAAGGGGUGGCCACCAUCCUUUAUGAGAGCCGCCUGGGCUGCCUGGAGAACAGCGUCCCACAGCCCACCGUGGACUACAUCGAGGCUCUGGGGCUCAUGUUCAGCAUGUUCAAGACCUCCAUGUACGCGGGCGCCAUCCCCAGGUGGCUGCGCCCCUUCAUCCCGAAACCCUGGCGGGAGUUCUGCAGGUCCUGGGACGGACUCUUCAAAUUCAGCCAAAUCCACGUUGACAACAAGCUGAGGGACAUACAGUGCCACAUGGACCGCGGGGAGAGCGUGAGUGGGGGGCUGCUCACAUGCCUCUUCCUCAGUCAGGAGCUGACGCUGGAGGAGAUCUACGCCAACACCACAGAGAUGCUGCUGGCUGGCGUUGACACGACGUCCUUCACCUUAUCCUGGGCAGUGUAUCUCCUCGCGAGGCACCCAGAAGUGCAGCAGACCGUGUACCGGGAGAUCGUUAAGAAUUUGGGGGAAAGGCACGUCCCAACGGCAGCCGACGUCCCCAAAGUCCCACUGGUCAGAGCUCUGCUGAAGGAAACGCUGAGGCUGUUUCCAGUGCUGCCGGGGAAUGGCCGAGUCACCCAGGAAGACCUGGUCAUUGGCGGGUACCUGAUUCCCAAAGGCACCCAGCUGGCCCUCUGCCACUAUGCCACGUCCUAUGCGGAUGAGAACUUCCCUCGGCCCAGGGAGUUCCGGCCGGAGCGCUGGCUGCGGAAGGGAAGCCUGGACCGAGUUGACAACUUUGGGUCCAUCCCCUUUGGGUACGGUGUUCGGAGCUGCAUUGGGCAGAGAAUCGCAGAGCUGGAGAUCCACCUCCUCUUGAUCCAGAUUCUGCAGCCGCCUCCGGGGCAGGCAGAGGCCGCUUCCUACGGAGAGUCGGCCGUGGGGCUUACUGCUCCCCCCGCUCUGGCUGCCUGA